GUGUGCGUGUCAUGGCUGACCCUUCCAGAACGUGUCAUCAGUAGCGACAUCAUCUUGAUUUUCUGCGUUUCACGACCUGUUCACAGCGAAACCAUCAACUAACAACAUGUGGUUCAUGUUUGUAAUGAGCUGGGUAGCUCUCGUUAUUCAAAUAUUCGUGGUAACAUUGUCUAUUGCUGCAGGCUUGUACUACCUGGCUGAACUGGUGGAGGAGUACACAGUCACAACGGCCAGGAUCAUCCGCGUCCUCAUUGCUUUAACGACAGUUGUGUACAUCUGCAUCUUCUUCUUUGAAGAGUUCCCACUCUCCGUCAUAGUGUGUGGGCUUGGAGCCAAUCUAUCCUACUUCUUCUUGCUUCAAAGCUUCCCAUACUUCGAGAUGUCUUCAGUACCUCUAAUCAGCGGCAUAGGACUGAUGUUAUUAAAUCACUAUCUGUCAUUUUCUCACUUUUCUGAAGUUUGGUACCCCUUCUCAGAGGUCCUUGCUUUCUUCACCAUAUGUCUGUGGCUGGUGCCGUUCGCGUUCUUCGUGUCGCUGUCAGCCAAUGAAAAUGUGUUGCCAACUGUGUCGGAGACACAGCCAAGGAAUGCAGAUGAAAGUGAUGUUGUGAGUAACUAUUUCCGCAAAAAGGGGAAGAAAUAUGGUCUAUUGUCCUUCUUCAAGAUGGCGCAGGAUAGUGUUCUACCCCAGAGGGUGAAGAAGCAGUUUUAACAAUUAACCAACUCAAAUUGAUGUGAAAAAGACUUGACUUUGAGAUAAAAGUGCUGUUUCUCAAUGAGGAUGAGUGUGUAGCAUUAGCCCGACUUGUACAGACAUGGUCAUUGUAGAUAGAUCCAUUUGAUAUCAGUUUGGUCCCGCUAGAACAGAGUCCUAGAACCCUAACAUGUUUGUACAUUGUCCGACAAGCAUUAUGUUGGAAGUGUUGGGUCUGGAUUCUCUGUUCAUUGUAUUAAGCACAUGGAAUAUUUCCAUGUGGGGACUGUCUCUUCCAUUUCACUUUAUCUAGUUUAUGCUUCUAGAUACUUCAUUAUGACAAUGGAGGCACCAGUGGCCCAGUCGUCUAAGGUGACGCAAUUUGGUGCAGAGUUGCAUCCCUUGGGCAUGCCAGAAUCCUAUGAUUAUGGGCUCCUGGGCAAGCCUUUGACUUUUAAUUUUUUUACAUUUGAUAUCGACAUGAUCAAAGGACACUCAGGUGAGAUUUUUUAUUUGUAUGAAAUAUAAGACUAAACUGAUUAUAUACAAAGCUGAAAAUAACUGAUGCAUCAGUUAAAAAGACCUGAACAAAAUCAUUUCUUAUGUUUUGAAUGAAAAACAAAUUGAAAAUUGUAUCACUCCGUUAUACACUAAACUAAAAACACACAGUAACCCAAUGUCAUCUUUUUCGUAGUGUCCGAUUUUGUUUCAAAUAUGGAUACUAAAUAGUCCUGUUUUAUGUUCUGAAAAAGAUGUAUAUUAGUCCCAGUAACCAUGGUAACUGAUGUGCUAGUAUUGAUUAACACUGCUUCAUUCAUUAUACUAUUAGCUUGUUUCGGGAUUUUUUAGAAUUAUUUUUUGUGAUUUCAUGUUUGCUCAAUGAGGUGCUAUAUAUGUUGCAUGUAUUGCUUGAAUCGUAGUUCAUUUGCCUGGCAUUAUUUAGCAGUACAUCCAAAGCUUUUGUCUCAGAAAACUAAUUCCCUAUCUCUGUGGACUGAAACAAUGGUGGCCGGGAACAAAUCUUCAUAAUACUCAUUGAAUACGGAGCAGAACAAGUGAAUACUGAGAUGAUAUUCCACCUAUGUAACACCAGCUGGGUGAUACAUAGGUCAAGGUCACAGCACAGUCAACCCUAGUCUGUAAGCAUCUUCCCGAGGCAAGGGAGUUAACUGACUACAAACGUCCAGUUUGCACCCUUGUCAAACUUGCCUGGAAUUCCAGAGUUACAGUUUGUCUGGACUAACAAGUCUAUGCAUAGUCCAAUCAAAAUCGCAUCAUUAACUAGACUCCCGGUUUGUGAACAACAUGGAUUUCAACGUGCAGAUUUGGGUGAACUGCAGGAUUUGCAAAGCAUGUGCACCACCAACUGGGUGUCAACACAUAUUUUGUAAAUCUUUUCAUGUUUUUAAUCAAG